AUGAUCCAAAGAAGCGGGUCGGGUCGCCGGAUUCUCACAUACCCGGCGGUUCAUCCAUGUGAAGCCAUGUCUCCCCAGACGCUCCUGAACUCACUCAUCACUCUCACCCACGUCAUUUGCUCUUACAAAUCAAAAUUCAUCGCCAGCAACAACAGAAACGCUCGCGAAACGGUAAGACAAAUCGGGGUCGUUCGAGUUUUUCUCGAAGAAAUCCGAGACGGGCAGUCGGGUCUUUCGGCUUCGGCGGUUCUGUGCUUGUCGGAGCUCCAUUUGGCCUUCCAGAAAGUCCAGUUAUUGUUGGAAGAUUUGACCCGGGACGACGCCCGGGUAUGGAUGCUGAUGAAUUCGGAUCGUGUGGCGAACCAUUUUCGGGUCUUGAGCAGGGCCAUGGGUACGGCUCUCGAUGUUCUGCCUCUCGGUUCGGUCAACGCACCGGUUGAGAUGAAGGAGCAUGUAGAAUUAGUGACCAGGCAAGCGCGAAAGGCGAUGUUUGAAGUCGACCCGGAUGAUAUUCGGGUCGUGGAGGCCGUUAGGUCCGUCUUGGUCGGGUUUGAGAAAGGGGUUGUUUCGGGCAAGAGCGAUUUGAAAUGGGUUCUCGAGUAUCUUGGGAGUAGAAAGUGGAGCAAUUGUGAGAGGCAAGUCAAGUUCUUGGACUCAGAAAUUGGGGUUGAGAAUUUGACUGAAGAAAAGAGAGAAGUGGGUUUCUUGAGCAGCCUGAAGGGGUUGAUGUGCUAUUGUCGAUGUGUGUUGUUCAAUGUUGUUGAUGGUGAAAGGGGUCGAAGAUCCGAGACGACAUGCAGUAGCAGUGAGGUAUUGAAUCGUCUCAAUGUAGAAGAUUUCCGGUGCCCAAUUUCGUUGGACAUCAUGGUUGAUCCUGUGACAAUAGGGACAGGGCAUAGCUACGAUCGGAGUUCGAUUAUGAAAUGGUUCAGAGCUGGCAAUCCCAUUUGUCCCAAGACGGGUGAGAAGCUCAAGAACAUGGAGGUGGUCCCCAAUUUGGCGCUGAAGAGGUUGAUUCAGCAGUAUUGUGCUGCGAAUUGUGUUCCGUUUGCUGCUUCGGAUCAUCGAAAUCGUGACAUUGGGAAGACUAAGCUUGCAGUUGCUGGCAGUUUGGCAGCUGAGGGAGGCAUGAAGAUGGUGGCAGAGUUCCUCAGUGGCAGGCUGGAUGUUGGGACACGAGAAGAGCAGAACAAGGCUGCUUAUGAGAUCCGGCUUCUUUCGAAAACAAGCAUUUUUAACAGGUCUUGUUUGGUUGAAGCUGGUGUGAUCCCACAUUUGUUAAAGCUGUUGUCUUCAGCAGAUUCAGUGACCCAAGAGAAUGCCAUUGCAGCCUUGUUGAAUCUCUCCAAGCAUUCCAAAAGCAAGGAUGCGAUUGUUGAAAAUGGGGGUCUGGAUUUGAUUGUGGAUGUGUUAAAGAAGGGUCUCAAACCAGAGGCUUGUCAGCAUGCUGCUGGCACAAUGUUUUACCUCGCUUCGAUUGAGGAGUACCGGAUAUUGAUUGGAGAAAAUCCAGAGGUCAUGCCGGCUUUGAUGGAGAUGAUCAAGGAUGGGACAGAUAGGGCCAAGAAAAACGCAUUGGUUGCGAUUUUCGGGCUCCUUACACACCCUGCAAAUCAUAGGAGGGUGAUAGCAGCAGGGUUAGUUCCUGUGCUGGUUAAUAUCUUAACAUCUUUUGAUAGUGAAGUUCUUGUCACAGAUGCUCUAGCAAUUCUAUCAACUCUGGCGGAAAAACCAGAUGGAUCAGUUGCAAUUUCUGGUUGCAAAGUUUUUGAUGCGAUAGUGAGGAUUUUGAAUUCCUCCAUUCCAAGGGCAGGGAAGGAGUUCUGUGUGUCUUUGUUGCUGGCUCUUUGUCUAAAUGGUGGCAAUGAUGUUGUUCUUCUUCUGGUUAAGAGCCCUUCUCUUAUGGGAUCUUUAUAUUCCCAACUCAGUGAAGGCACAUCUCGAGCAAGAAGAAAGGCUAGUGCUCUCAUCAGGCUACUACACGAAUUCCAUGAAAGACGAUCCUCUGGCCCAAUGGCUCGUGGAGUUCUUCCUCAAGAGAGAUUUGUUCACGUUAGGUAA